UAUAUAGUCAAAGCGUCCAGCAUCCGGGUUAGGUUACGAUACGUGACGCGUGUGCAGCAGCACUAGCAGCAUAUAGUGUGUGCUCUGUGAACUAUCCACUAUCCAGUUCACAUCUGUAUUCUGCCCGUAACGGGAAUGUGUACAUGUGUUUUAUUCAUUCGAUUAUUUCGAAUGUCGAUUUAUAUUAUAAUAAUUUUAAUUAGGUAAUUAUUAAUUAAUAACUUCAUUACGUGAUUUGUGCGGUAAAGGAAAAGAUUCAGGGGAGUAAAUUUCGUGUUACUGAAAGUAGCCGUAUACGUCUUUAUGAUGUUGUGAAAUAUUGAAAUGUUGUUCAAAACAUUCGGUGUAAAGGUUGACGGAACGUCAACUGACGUUGUACUGAGCAAUUACCAGAAUAAGCUGUUGAUUGUUAUCACUCAAACGAAAAAGUUCGGAUCCAUUGUGCGGGUAGAAAAGGAAAUCUUUCAAGCUUCCGACACUCAGGAAAACGUUUUCAAUAUUCAAACGAUAUUCGGUCACGAGAACGACGAAAACGCCUUGUUCGCCAGAAUUUUAUGCGAAAAGAUUGAAACAACCAAGCCAGUUGUACUGAUUAUCAACUUGCAGAAUCAUUCUCCACGUAUAGUGAAAGCGCUUGUAAGAGUUGUAAACGAAAACAAGAUUUGGUAAUAACUGCGUCUGUACUGCCACUGCCACUGCCACCUUACGAUGACCAUUUUUGGACAACUUGUUAUCGGCCCUCCUGGUAGCGGUAAAUCUACGUAUUGCCGUGAAAUGCGACAAUUUUUAUCGCGUAACGGAAGAAAAGUCGCCAUCGUCAACUUGGAUCCGGCCAACGAUUCGUUACCAUACGCAGCUGAUAUCGAUAUCAACGAAUACACUACGGCGGAUGACGUGAUGAGCUACCUUCACGUCGGACCUAACUGCGCUAUUCUGCAUUGCAUCGAAUUCCUCGAACGCUGUGUCCAAAAAAUUGCCGCCGAAAUUGAACAAAAAAAGGAUUGCUAUUUUCUGAUCGACUGCCCUGGUCAGGUUGAAUUGUACACGCAUCACGAGUCUUUGAAUAACAUUCUAGCGUGUUUGGCAAAUGCCGGUCUUCGAUUAUGUUGCGUUCAUUUGGUGGACUCUCAUUACUGCAGCGAUGCCGGUACUGGUAAAUUUAUAUCGACGUUAUUGCUGUCGUUGACGGCCAUGUUGCAUAUGGGUCUACCUCACUUGAACGUGCUCUCGAAAAUAGAUGUUUUGCGCGAAUUUGAAAACAAAUUAUCCUUCUCGCUAGACUAUUACACGGACGUUUUAGAUUUGUCUUAUUUAGUCGAAUGUUUGGAACAAGAUGCGAUCACAUCCAAACAUAAGAAACUGAACCAAGCUUUAGCUUCGUGUAUCGAAGCUUACGGCUUAGUGCACUUUACACCGUUAAACGUGUUCGAUUCCAACUCUUUAUCUAACGUGCUGAAUAUGGCUGACAAAGCCAACGGUUACAUCUUCAAGAGUUCCGAGGAAAGAAAUGUUUUUAAAUUACUAUCGACGGUCAUGAGCAGUACACCGAGCGAUCUUCGCGAGUCGGUCGACGAGUCGCAGCAGGAGCGAAAGCUAGCCGAAUGUACUUUAUUCAAUUACACCGCGGACAAUGCCGACUGAACUGCGUUUCGGUUUUCUCCUCGCUGUCUCUCUCACUUCUGACUGACGUGAGUUCUAGUUGGCGUUGGCGUUGCCGUUGCUGUUGAUGGUGGUUCAGCGCUUGUCUCGUGCCUGUCUGCUUGUGCUCGGCAUUUUGUUGGAUGGUUAAGCGACUGGCCGACUAGCGGGUAUCUACGUCAGUUUGUUCGACAGAUCGGCCGUUGGCUGGAUAUUGGACGGAUCUCCUUGUAAAUUUUCAAUUUAACUCGUAUAAAGUUGAUAACAUUUUAUUUAAAAAAUAAACGAUUUGAAAAAAUUUGUUACAAAUUAUCCUAAAUCUCGAUACCUCUUGCAACUAUGCACCCGUGUACAAGUAACUUGAACGGAGGGCGGUAGACUGAAGGGAUCUGUAACUUUCAUGUCGAAAUAUUACAUUCACUUUUCUUUUAAACCAAAUUUUCAAAAAUUUGGCAUAGCCUACGGAGACUCGGACAGUUAUAUUUCUCAUUUACAUAUUUUCUUAUUUGUUUUUCAUUAUUUAUUUAUUUAUUCAUUUUUGAAAAGUCGGCACGAUGCGGAUCUCCGAGUUGGAUCAGCCAAUUAGCGCGUUGAAAAUUUUGGAGUUGCAGAGACUGGGGCGACUAGGAAUUCGAACCGAAAAAAAAUCAGAUAAA